GAGUCGUCAGUUGAUCUUCGGCUUCCACUUUGAAGAGUUUGGCAUGGUGAAGUCUCAGUAGAUUUCGUCACACGAAUUGUCGUCGAACAUACGUAAACACCGAAGCGAUCUCUCUGAAAUACAAUUGAACUUUACCACUUCGUAUAAAGCUUAUUUAUACAAGUAAUAAUAAGAAGUGCUUAGUGAAGCAGCAAGAUGCGUAAAAUAGCCUUGUUAUUUGCGGUAGCCGUAGCGAUGGUGGCUGCAUUCGGCGUCGUGCCGACAGCUGCGAAGAAACAAAAAGAGAACCGCGGUGAGGGCUUGACGGCCACCGGCGAUAACGGCAACGACGUCGGUGAUACCAGAGUAGAGGUGGCCAACGAACACGACAACCAACGGUUUUCGCCGGUGCGCGCGGUGGACGAGUCGUCCGCAGCGGCCACGCCUGAACCGGUGGCGACGGCCAAGACGCCGACCAARCAGUCUUCGAGCAAGCAGCACAACGCUAAGCUGUUGAACAAGUUGGGCAUGAAGAGAGUGCGGACAACCAGUGGCAGCGGCAAUGACAACGGAAUUGCAAAUCAUCACCGGAAACGCUUGGCCAGCCAGUCGAGGAGCAAGUACGCUGCGGACGGCAAAGGCAAUUCGGACUCGCAAAUGUUCAUUGUCAAGUUGCCACCGCAUUCGCACUUUUACGACGACGGGUCGGCCGCCCACCAGAGGCACCAGCAARCGCCCUACAAGAACCUGAACACGGUGCCCGUGGGAUUCGUGUCCAACGGGAAACCGGCCAAGGUUUAYCACUGGAACCUGCCGAUCAUCAAGCACGCGCUCAGCGGCGGCCGUUACAAGGGCGUCAACGACUUGGCCACGAUGCAGCAACAGCAACAGAUGAUGCAUCAACAGAUGCACCACGUGCAGCAGUACGCUCAGGCCGGUGACUUUGAACUUCCGUCGGCGUCCAGUUCCAAAAUCUUGCCACGCCGCACGCUCUACUACAAGCCCCGGGCAGCCGGAAAACCGGUGAAAAAGUCGUUCGUCAACAACGGCAAGCCAAAUGGAUUCUACGUGGUCAGCAGCAAGAACUCGGCCGCGGUCGUACCGCAGUACCACAAGAUCAUCAAGGCGUACUACGGUAGCGGCGACGAUUAAUAAGCAUGUAAUAAUUAAUACGCGCCAGCUGCAGCAACUAUCCCACCCGUCGCCCGAGUCAUCGAUCGCUA